CUGACGCAUCCACUAUCCCCUCCCACGGGACGGUGAGCCGGCCGGCGCGAAACUUUCAGGUAGCAAAGCAGCCCAACUUGCGGAGAAGAAGAAGAUCGACAAGUAUGGCUGCCCCUCAAGCAGCCGGCUUUCGCUUUGUCCGUCUCGCCGCGGGGGCAUUUGGCAGAGGGGGAGAGCAGACAAGUCUCAAGAUGCUCGCCAAGUGGAAGCCUUGCCCCACCUCUAUUCCUGCUGACGAAGAUGGGGCUUCUCGAGAGAGCGUCAUCAACCAUUGGAGCCAGCUCCUGUCCGUGAAGCUGACAAAGCACAACGCUUUUGAAGUGGCCAGUUGUGCGCAGCGCCGCCAGAGGGCCGCGGAGGGCCAGCGCUUUCCAGAGGACUUCGUCAGCCGCGGGCCAUACAGGCCGCACACCAACCCCGCCUCGGGGCUGUAAGGUGGCUGGCUGGCUUCGGAUGCCGUGUGCAUCGUGUUGCAUGUCUCGUACUUGUGUGUUUGCAGUGAAUCCUGUGUGUGCCUGCACCGUGUGUCUUCGCACGGAUGUGUGUCCUGCGUGGCGUGCAGUGGUUGAACGUCUGUUCUUUGGUUUGCAAUGUGUGUUUCCCGUUGCCCUGCGAAGUUUGCUUGAUUCGAUCGUCGGUGUCUGGAUGAGGCUUACCAACUACGUCGCCCCUUCUUGGUUUUACUGCAAAAACAAUGGUUGCAUACGAUAUGAAGCGACACGGGGGCUCACAAAGCGGACGAGGGACUUGUGCGACGCGUAUAGGGGCCUCGGCUGAGGAAGUCCUCUGGACUGAAGCCCUUUUUCUCUCGGGUCCUCCUGGAGAUGCGACAUAUUUCGCGCAACUAGCCACCUGGAACGCGUCGUGCUUUACGAGCUCCACGGACAAGAGCCGCGCUAAUAGUUGAUGAUACGAGCUCCACGGACAAGAAGAAAUACCACUCGGCCGUCCGCGACUCCCGCAUGACCUUCUGCCCUCUGGUGGUGACGUGUGACGGUGUGUGGGGACACGGUGCCAACGUGUUCAUCGCCCACAUGGCUCAUGCGCUGUUGGAGAAGGAGGGGUGGAAGGGACGGGGAUUCAGUCAUGUGUCUGGAUGGAUUCGCUCGCGUUUGUCUAUCGCCCUCGCGCGUGCGACUAGCUAC